AUGGUAGCUUCGGAGCUCACCGCGUCCGCCAUAGCCAUGCGCUCAACGCCUGUAAGUGGUGAUGAGUCGGGCUCCAGCUUACCCAAGCCCCUCGCACCUUUGCAGAACCUCGCGGCUACCAGUCAAAGCCCCUACAUUCGCGAUCAGGCCAAGAGCCUGGUCUCGUGGCAGCUCUUCAAUGACGAGGCUAUUGAACGAUCGCGCAAAGAGAACAAACUAAUCUUCCUCCAUAUUGGUUACAAGGCAUGCCACUUUUGCCGCCUCAUGUCGCUCGAGACCUUCUCCAACCUUGAAUCGGCUUCUAUUUUGAAUGAGUCCUUCAUACCAGUUAUCGUCGAUCGAGAUGAGCGCCCCGAUCUUGAAGCGAUAUAUAUGAACUACGUUCAAGCCGUCAACAAUUCUGGUGGAUUUCCUUUGAACGUGUUCCUCACACCAAAUCUGGAGCCUGUCUUUGGUGGUACCUACUGGUUUGGACCUGCGGGACGGCGACAUCUCAACGACGAUAGCACCGAUGAGCCCCCCGCUUCGCUUACUAUCUUCAAGAAAGUUCGCGACAUCUGGAGUGACCAGGAAGCUCGAUGUCGAAAGGAGGCAACCGACGUUGUCAGCCAACUUAAAGAAUUCGCAGCCGAGGGUACGCUAGGUACGGUAGCUACGCUAGGUAAACGGGGUAUCAUGGCAUCUUCGGCACUGGGACCUGCUGGUUGGGGUGCACCAACGCCUGGUCAUACAAGUGCCGUCCAAGAAAAGAACACUACGGUAUCGGAGGAGCUGGAUUUAGAUCAACUAGAAGAGGCAUAUACCCAUAUUGCUGGCACCUUCGAUCCGGUGUUUGGAGGAUUCGGCCUGGCGCCCAAGUAUCUGACACCACCCAAGUUGGCCUUUUUGCUAGGAUUAUCGAGACUCCCAAGAGCCGUGCAGGACGUUGUUGGAGACCUCGAUUGCAGACAUGCUACCAACAUCGCACUGGAUACGCUGCGCCGUAUUCGUGAUGGAGCGCUGCAUGAUCAUAUUGGCGGCACUGGAUUCUCGCGUUGUUCCGUUACGGCGGAUUGGAGUAUACCAAACUUCGAGAAGCUCGUGACUGAUAACGCACAGUUGCUUUCCCUUUAUAUUACCGCGUGGGAGGAAGGAGGCGGAGGCGAAACGGCCGAGUUUUUCGAUGUCGUUGUUGAGCUUGUUGAGUAUUUAACUACGUCUCCGAUUGCCCUUCCCGAGGGCGGAUUUGCUACAAGUGAAGCAGCCGAUUCCUGCUAUAGACAGGGCGACACAGAGAAACACGAGGGCGCUUACUAUGUUUGGACACGGCGGGAAUUCGAUUCGGUCCUCGACGAAAUUGACAGCCACAUGAGCCCAAUACUAGCCGCCUACUGGAAUAUCAAUAAAGACGGAAAUGUUGAAGAGAAGAACGACCCCAACGAUGACUUUAUUAACCAGAACAUAGUCUGGGUCAAGACACCCAUUGAGCAGUUUAGCAACCAUGUCAGUACGCCUGUGGACAAGAUUCGAGAGUAUGUCGAACAAGGAAGAACGGCGUUGAGGAGGAGGAGGGAACAAGAGCGUGUGCGACCUGAGUUGGAUGACAAGGUCGUUGCAGGAUGGAACGGCCUGGUUAUUUCCGCACUUGCUAAGGCGGCCUCAGCACUAAAGGCAUUGCGACCUGAGCAAAGUUCGAAGUGCAGGAGUGCUGCGGAAAGAGCUGCUAUAUAUGUUAAAGAGAAGCUUUGGGACAGUAACGAGAAAACCCUUUAUAGGGUACGGUCCGGAGGCAGGGGACAAGCUGCUUUUGCAGAUGAUUAUGCCUAUCUUAUUCAAGGCCUGCUGGACCUUCUCGAGCUGACAGGGAACCAAGAGUACCGCGAGUUCGCUAAUACCUUGCAGCAAACCCAAAUCUCUUUGUUUUACGAUGCCGACGGCGCCUUCUUUACUACUCAAAUGCAUAGCCCGCACACGAUUCUCCGUCUCAAGGACGGCAUGGACACCUCACUCCCAUCAACAAACGCUGUCAGCGCAAGCAAUCUCUUUCGUCUUGCAUCCCUCUUGCCAGACAGCGAUUUCGCCACCAAAGCCCGUCAGACGAUUAAUGCGUUCGAGGUCGAAGUAGUACAGCACCCUUGGCUUUUCCCUGGUCUGCUCAGAGGUGUUGUCACGGCAAGACUGGGUAGUUAA